UUUGUGACUCCCUUGUUCAUCGUCUCUCGCAUUCUUUUUCCUGGGGAUAUAUCUGUGCUCGGCCCACCCCUGAGGGUGAUGGGCCAACAGCUAUAACCGUUGGCAGCGAUGAACCGGGCAAUUGAACAAGCAGGGUCCUUAUUCACUGGCUGGAUUCACUCCUGCUUGUUCUGCCCAACAGGGGCGGACGACGACAGCUUCCACCAUGACAGGAGCGCGAGACAAAACGGUGCCGAACGAGAGAUGCGCGUGUGCCAUACACAGCCUCACCUCGUCCCGCCCAUGAAGCUCGUCGUCUACGACGACCUGCCCAGCCCAGGUCCACCACCCCGGGUGACAUCCUUGCCUUCCUGGAUGAUGGACGGGAAAGACAUCCGGGCAUCGCGGGCAUCCAACCGGACCAGUACCAUCUCGUUCAAGAAAAGGACCAGUACUAUAUCCUUCAAGAAGAGGUCGACCGCUCCCAUAAGGAUCAGCGCCCCAUCCGACUUCCGCCGCGUGCCUCUCCUCGCGACUACCACCCCUGGAAAUCCCCCAGCAUUGGAGCUGAGCUUCAACACCCCAGGCUAUCAUCUCCCAGAGCUCCCCCAAUUCGAGGACUUCCAGCUAGAAGAAAACCGACGACAAACGCUGUCCAGACCCGCCAAAGUCCUCAAACCAGCAGACACUGGCCGCCUGUCACAGGCUAGGUCCCACCACCGGGCGUCGUCUUCCGUCCACCUGUCUCGCAAACCCGUCGGGUCCGGCUCCCGACGGUCAUCUCUCGCAACGCUGGAACACCACCUGGAGAGAUCCCUCCCGGCACCCAGCCCUCUCAUCCCUCACUUUUCGACCCGCCCAUCCACAGUUACUGGUAUGACUGCAAGCCUCUACUCUCCCCUCCCAACCACCACAAUCACCACCACCAGGCCGGACUCAACUGGUAUCCCCGGACCCGCAUUCCCAAGCGAUCCUCCUCCAUCCGCCAUUCCAGAACCCCAAACUCCACUACAAGCCCACCUGCAGGCCAGGCCCUCCCUGCCCCCGACUGACGAGGAUCGUCCAUCAUCCAGCAGCGUCCAAAGACCCCCAACGACAAGCUCCUCCUCCGACAGCCCCGCUAACCAAACCCCCCCUCGUACCGGCCGCGUCACCCAAUGGCUCUUCAACACAGCACCAACAUCAACAUCAUCAACAACCAGCCGAACCUCCCUCCCCGCCUUCCCCACAACCUGGAAACCAUCCUUCACAACAGACAAGAGCCCCUUCCGUCUCCGCUCCCGUACCCUCAGCGGCUCAACCCUCGCCUCCUCCGCUUCUUCCCCCUCCAUCUCCACCACCAACAACAUGACAGGCGCCGCAGCGCCUAACAAAACCACGCCCUCCCCAGCCAGUAGCACCACCGUGUUUCCCCGCCAAACAGCCCGUCCAUCCGAAGACCACGCCCCCUACCAACCCUACCCGACAAUCUACGAAAGCGAUGACCUUCGUCGUAGUUAUUACGAGAAUCAGUCGCAUUCGCAUUCGCCGAUUGGGGUGGCGUUUUAGCAUGGAUUCCGACGACUUCCUGAAUACUGGGGUAG